AUGGCACAAGUGAAGGACGAGCUGCGGACGUUUUUGCAGAACGACGGCCAGCAGAGUCGAGCAUUCCCACCAAUGGCGAAGAACGAACGCAAGGUGAUGCAUCAGGUCUCGUCAGCGCUGGGUUUGAAGUCCAAGAGCGCUGGGAGUGGAAAGGGUCGCUUCACGGUAAUCUACAAGAGCAGCCAGAGGGUUGAGUACUCGGAGGCUUUGCUCAGCAAGGUCAUGUACGCUUCGAACAAAGGCUUUCUCGUCAACAGCUCGUCGAAGGGGAAGAAAGCGGGACGGCAGGCUGGCAAGGCUGCUGCGAAGGGUCCGCGUGGAGGAGGAGGAGGAGGAGGGUUCAAUGGUGGUGCGGCAGGGUUGCGUAAUGGCGAGGUUGUGGGUGCUGGGGCCAGCGCGCUCGGCAGAGAGAACUUUGGGCAUCAGCUUAUGGUGAAGAUGGGGUGGACUGCUGGGACUGGUUUGGGCAGGGAGCAUGAUGGGACUGUUAUGCCGGUCGAGCAGGUCAUGAGGUCUGGCAGGGCUGGGUUGGGGUGA